AUGGCAACUGUAGAAGACGAAUUGCUGCUGCCAAGGCUCCCCGAGCUGUUUGAAACCUGCAAGCAGUUUCUAGAUGAAGUGGAAGUAGCCACUGAACCCACCGGUUCCCGGACGGUCCAGGAAAAGGUGUUCAAGGGACUGGACCUCCUUGAGAAGGUUGCGGAAAUGUUAUCGCAGCUCGACUUGUUCAGCCGAAAUGAAGAUUUAGAAGAGAUUGCUUCCACUGACCUGAAGUACCUGUUGGUGCCAGUGUUUCAAGGAGCCCUUGCCAUGAAACAAGUCAACUCCAGCAAGCGUCUAGAUCAUUUGAAGUGGGCUCGAGAACACUUUAUAAACUACUUAACUCAGUGCCAUUACUAUCAUGUGGCAGAUUUUGAGCUACCGAAAACCAAGAACAACUCUGCUGAAAAUAACACUGGUAGCUCCUCCAUGGCCUAUCCUAGCCUUGUCGUUAUGGCAUCUCAAAGACAGGCUAAAAUAGAGAGAUACAAGCAGAAGAAGGAGAUGGAGCAUAGAUUGUCUGCACUGAAGUCUGCUGUGGAAAGUGGUCAAGCAGAUGAUGAGUGUAUUCGUGAAUAUUACCUCCUUCACCUUCGAAGGUGGAUUGGUAUCAGUUUGGAAGAAAUUGACAGCAUUGAUCAAGAGAUAAAGAUUCUGAGAGAAAAAGACUCCUCAAAAGAGGCAUCAACUUCUCACACAUCUCGUCAGGACAAGCCACCACUGAAACCCUUUAUUCUCACUCGAGACAUGGCCCAAGCCAAGGUAUUUGGAGCUGGCUAUCCAAGCCUAGCAACUAUGACAGUGAAUGACUGGUAUGAACAGCAUCGGAAACACAGCGCAUUACCUGAUCAGGGAAUAGCCAAGACCACAUCAGAAGGACUAAGAACUGCUCAGCAACAGGAAGACCAGGAACAAAAGGAGGAAGACGAUGAUGAGAAAACACUGCACAGAGCCCGGGAGUGGGAUGACUGGAAGGACACCCAUCCUAGGGGUUAUGGCAACAGACAGAACAUGGGCUAA